GCCCUUGGCUGCUGGGGUCCGUGGCAGCGUGUGCGGGGACCACUGCUCUAGGAGGCUUCCCGGCUGCUCGGGGUCCCUGGAUGCUGGAGCAGCCGCCGCUCAAUGCCAGCCGUCGUUCUCUGUCACUCCAUGGCUGGGGUGAGGAGGCAGGCACAGGGCACCUCAGGCAUCCUUCAGCUGCCGUGCGAGGGAGGCUCCAGCCCCCGGCAUCCGGUACCUGACAAAAGCGGGUGGUGCCUUUCCACGUCCUCCCCUCCGAGCAGGGGAAAGAGCCGCCACGGCUUGGUGCCAUGCGGAGGGGAAUGGCGCUGGGUGCUUGGGUGCUCCUGGCCAGCCUGGCCGGGGCCAGCUGGGGUGUCCGAGGACAGAAGAUAACUGUGAAAGAAGCCAGCGGGAAGGUGUUCCUAGAGUGUCCAGUGGGCAGCAACACUCAAAUUGUAUGGUACAAAGAUGGGAAUUGGGUAGAAAACGCAACACAGCUGGAUUUGGGUGCAAUUUACGAUGAUCCCAGAGGUAUCUAUACAUGUGAAGCAGACAAAGGAAAGAGAAGCCCUCCCUUCCAGGUGCACUACCGAAUGUGCCAGAACUGCAUCGAAGUGGAUGCUGCCACCAUCUCGGGGAUCGUGGUGGCAGAUGUCGUCGCCACCGUCUUCCUGGCGGUGGCUGUGUAUUGUAUCACUGGGCAGGACAAGGGACGCAUGUCACGAGCUUCUGACAGACAGAACCUGAUUGCCAAUGAGCAGCUCUACCAGCCCCUUGGCGAGCGUGACAAUGAGCAGUACAGCCAGCUGGUACCUGCCAAGGGCCGCAAGUGAAGUGGGAAGAUGCUGGAGCCUGUGAGUCCUUCACACCAG